GCUCGCCUCCCGAAGUCCGAUCUCGCUCUCAUCGCCUGACUGCAGACCAAAGACUAAAUCUUUUUCGUUAAAAAAAGAAAAUUGAAAAUGAAGGAAGAAGCAAUCUUCCCCUGCGUUAUUUUCCGUUCAAUUGUCAUUUGUUUUGGUUUUUUAAUGCGCAUCCGUGAAUGUCGCUUUGCGAGGACGAGAGUGGUGGGGGUGUGGACUCCUGCGAUCCCGGAUGCGGUACAGGGGAAGUUUUUCUUCUAGGGUUUCUUAUCCGGAUUCAUCCGCAAUAAUGAGACAAAAGAAGAUAUUUGGAAUAUCCAUAUCUCUUAUUCUGAUCAACAUGACAUCAAUAAUGGAGCGUGCUGAUGAAAAUCUUCUUCCAUCAGUUUACAAAGAAGUAAGCCAAGCUUUUAAUGCUGGUCCAACCGACCUGGGAUAUCUUACUUUCAUAAGAAAUUUUGCCAAGGCAUUAUCUUCUCCAUUGGCGGGGGUAUUGGCUCUUCACUAUGACCGCCCAUCUGUCCUUGCUUUGGGCACUGCCUUCUGGUCCUUAUCAACAGCUGCGGUGGGAGUUAGUCAACAUUAUCAGCAAGUGGCGUUUUGGAGAGCAAUAAAUGGAUUUGGUUUAGCCAUUGUGAUACCAGCGCUCCAAUCGUUCAUUGCUGAUAGUUAUAUGGAUGGCUCACGAGGUGCAGCAUUUGGCAUGUUGAACCUUGUAGGUUCGGUUGGAGGCAUAGGAGGGGGUGUAGUGGCAACAAUUAUGGCUGGGCAGGAUUAUUGGGGCAUCCCUGGAUGGAGGUUUGCCUUCGUCAUGAUGGCAUUAUUAAGUUUACUGAUUGGAGUUCUAGUGUUUUUAUUUGUUGUUGAUCCUAGAAAAACCUCUGGGGUUGGCUUUGGCGCCUAUGAGGACUCCGAGAGUUUUCUUGGGAAACUCCCGCCGUCGUUCCCUUCGAUCUGGACCGAUUCCUGGUUCGCAAUGCGAAGCGUGAUGAAAGUCAAGACAUUUCAGAUAAUAGUCCUGCAGGGAGUCGUUGGUUCUUUGCCAUGGACUGCCAUGGUGUUCUUCACCAUGUGGUUUGAACUCAUCGGCUUCGACAACAAGAGUUCCGCUGCUCUCACUAGUCUCUUUGCAAUUGGCUGCGCCGCCGGUUCAUUUCUUGGAGGAUUCCUUGCUGACCGCGCCUCCGUUUUAUAUCCCAAUGCGGGCCGAAUCAUGUGUGCACAAUUCAGUGCCUUCAUGGGCAUCCCUUUCUCCUGGCUCCUCCUCUCCACCAUUCCUCAAUCAGUCGACAGCUGGGCCGCCUACGCCGCAACUCUCUUCCUCAUGGGCACCACCAUCAGUUGGUGCGCUUCGUGUGCCAAUAACCCCAUGUUCGCCGAAGUCGUCCCGAUCAAGCAUCGGACAAUGAUAUACGCCUUCGAUAGGGCCUUCGAGGAUUCAUUCUCUUCAUUCGCCGCUCCGGCAGUCGGAAUGCUAACAGAACGAGUGUAUGGUUAUGAUUCUAAUGUUGUGAAUGGUUCUGUUAAUCAGGCAAUUGCGCUUUCGAGAGGUUUGUUGUCGAUGAUGACCGUGCCUUUCGGGCUGUGCACUUUGUUUUAUACCCCGUUGUAUGUUGUGUUCAAGGGAGACCGCGAUGGCGUGAAAAUCGCGGGUUUGAAGGAACAGGAACUGAUUUAGAGAGUCAGAUUGCUUGAUGAAUUUAUAAUUCAAUCCAAAUUUCACAAAUAUGUGGUGUUUGGGAUGGGAUUACUCAUUGCAUCUUAAGUUCUAAUGUUGAUUUUUUGGGAUUUUUGUAGUGCUGAAGGAAUUUAUAAUGGGUAUUUUGCAGAGAAUGUAAAGAGUUGUAAUGUCAUCCAUCAUAGAAAGUUUCUUUUUAAUAUGUGGUGAGGAAUAAUAGCUUAUGUUGUAACUUUUAUAUAAGAUGCUCAUUUCAUUCACUUGUAAUGUCAAUUUUA